GGUGGAAGUGAGGUGGAACGAAGUUUCAUCUGGAAAUUGUACUUCUAUAAGAAAGAGAGAACAAAAAACCUAUCUCCUUCCUAUCAAUUCAGAGAUUAGAGAUUAAUUUAGAAAAAAAAAAAAAAAGGAUUAGUGAUUAAUUAAGCAGGAGAGCAAAGUUGGUUAUGGAAGGAAAAGAAACCAAGAGCUGCUGCCCACCUGGUAGUGGCAAAUCUUGUGGGCCUAGUAAUGUUCCCUCGAAUGACAAAGCAUACUGCAAGUGUGGACCAGGGUGGACUUGUGUGAUUCGAAAAAUCGAGGAACCUCAAACCGAUGUCAAGCCUUUCUACAAAUGUGUCGAAGGAAGCUGUAUUUGCAUAACGGAUGAUUCGAAAAAAGAGGGGUCAUCAGGAGGAAAACAAGUAGUAGAGACUGCAGGGGCAUUUUGCUAUUGCGGCGAAGGGUAUGCAUGCACCAUCACAAAAACUGAAGGCCCUGAUGCAGGUAAAGUGUUUUUCGAGUGUGGCAAUGGCUGCGCGUGUGAAGUUCCUGCUUCCGGAUCUGAAGCUGUUAUUCUCAAGGAUGCCUGAAUGUUGUCUAAUUAGGAUGUUUAAUUUGGAGGAGUUUAUUUGCACCACAAUAAUUUUAUGUCUGUAGUUUAAUUAUGUUGUUUUAGACUUUUAGUGUUCCAUGAAGCUGUACGCUUGUACUAGUAAAUCGUUGCUGUCAAUACACUGUGAAUCUUGUACUUGUGGACAGAAAGACUUGCUGUUAUAUAAAACUCCUCAGAGUCCUACAUCGUCGUUAAAACUUUAAACAAGUGGCUUAUAUGAA